UGGGGAGGGUGUUUGGCGACAUCUCCAGGGUUCAGAGUCUGGACGUCAAAGCAAGUACGAGGGGAGUGAAAAAUGUCUCAAACGAAGAAGCUAUGGACUUCCUUGUACACGAUUCUCCACCGCAGAAUCCUCCCUUCCAGUUCUCGUUUACAAUUUCAUUGUGCCUCCUCGCGAACUGUCUCUACCUCUUUUCACCAACCGAAUUUCAGUGCUAGGGUUUUGUUCGACAACAUAGGCAACGGUCUCGAGGUUUCUUCCUCAAUUUUUGGGAAAAGUUUCUGCUCUCAACAUUCAGGCGGAUUCGGCGUGAAAUGCUGGCAGUGUAAUGCGUUGCCCGAGACGCUUCCUUUUCUAGUUUGUGAGUCUUGCCGGACCAUCCAGCCCGUUGAUCACUCUAUCAAUUACUUCCAGAUUUUUGGACUGGAGAAAAAGUACGACGUUGAGGGUGAAAAUCUGGAGAGCAAGUACAAAAACUGGCAGAAAAAACUGCAUCCUGAUUUAGUUCAUUCAAAAUCUGAGAAAGAGAGAGAAUUUGCUGCUGAACAGUCUGCUCGUGUGAUUGAUGCAUACCGCACACUUAGCAACCGGUUGCUGAAGGCAAUAUACAUCCUGAAGCUUGAAGGAGUGGAUGUUGAUGAAGAGGAAACAGUUUCUGAACCGGAGUUGCUUACCGAAAUCAUGGAAAUUAGAGAAGCUGUUGAGGAGGCAGCAGACUUGCAGGAACUGAAAAAGAUUCAGUCUCAGAUGCAAGAGAAAUUGAAGUAUUGGUCCGGCUCCUUCGCGAAUGCAUUUAGGUGUCAGAAAUUUGAAGAAGCCGUAGAGUGUAUCCGGAGAAUGACUUAUUAUGAUCGUGUAAAUAAAGAAAUUGUAAAGAGGCUCUAGUGCAGGCUCUCGGCGUUCUAAUGCCCAAUUUUGCAAUUGUAGUCUGCGAUGUCAUCCUGCAGCUGAUAAUAUAUAACUGAAGCAACCUGGGUUGAGAUUACCCAUUUAUCAUGGAUACUGAACCCUACCACAGAGUCAUGGGUGCUUGCUGAAGCUCGGGAUUAAUGAUUUGUGGUCUAGUCUCAAUUAUCCAUCAUCAGUUGGUAUAAAUAAAAGGGUUCCAAGUUGCGGUACCCUAAUGAUUUUUACUUUGUACUAUGUAUUGCUCUUCUAGCGAAAGUGUUGCACUUUCCACAUAGAAAAUGAACUACUGUGUCGGAGUUUGAUUUUUGAAUAAUUGGUGGAUGAAGCCACACGUAGCUAGUUGUAAGAUCCGAGUCAAGAGUCUCUGACUGAAAUAACGAUGUAACCUUGGAAUGAUUCUUUUAGCAUAUUAUAAAUAAUGUUGCCCAUGAUAUUUA